GUUUUCCAUAUCAACAAAGUGAUCAUAUGUUUGUGUUGUGGAAAAAUUGAUUUCAUCCUUAAUUGGAUUAGUUAAUCGGUGAUAAACUUUAAUCCAACAAUGUGCUUAAAAAGAGUCUGUGUUGUGGUUCUUGGUGAUUUCGAAAGAAGUCCAAGAAUGAAAUAUCAUUGUCUUUCUUUAACAAAAUUAAAUUGUCAUGUUGACGUUGUUGCUUAUUCGGAAACCAAAUUGUCAGAUGAUAUUGUUGAUAAUCAGUUAAUCCAUUUGCAUCCAAUUGAUUCCUAUUCUUCAUUUAGUAACAAUUUCCCAAGACUGAUUGGUUAUUUUGUGAAAACAUUGAUUCAAUCGUUGGUGCUUUUGUUUACCUUAUUCUCGAUUGAGAAACCAAAUUUCUUAUUGUUACAAAAUCCGCCGAGUAUACCGACAAUUCCCGUUGUUUGGCUCUAUUCAUUAAUCAGAGGUGUUAAAUUUGUGAUUGAUUGGCACAAUUAUGGACACACAAUUCUGGCUCUUACAUUGCGAGCUAAUCAUCCGCUGGUUAAAAUCUGCCGUUGGUGUGAAGGGUUUUUCGGGUCAAGAGCUUUUCACAAUUUCUGUGUUAGUCAAUCAAUGGCCAAUGAUUUGAAGCGAACGUGGGGAAUCAAAUGUGAUGUUUUCUAUGAUAGGCCGACUGAAAUUUUCUCUCCAUUACAACCAGAAAGUCGCCAUAAAUUUUUGCUUAAAAUGGCGAAAAAGUUUCCUCAAUUUCGAGGUAAAGAAGUAAACAAGUCAAAAUUUUACGAGAUCGCUUCAAGCGGGGACAUUGUCACCAAAAAGAGUCGACCUUUCAUCUUAAUUUCUAGUACAAGUUGGACUGAGGAUGAAGAUUUUUCCAUACUUCUCAAUGCUCUAGAUAAUUACGAUACUCAAAUUUCAACUGAACGAGCGCCUUUACCUGCGCUUAUUUGUGUCAUCACUGGUAAAGGUCCACUUAAAAGUUACUAUGAGGAAAUCCUUUCAAAAAAACGCUGGAAAAAAGUAACCACCAUCUUACCCUGGCUCGAGCCAGAAGAUUACCCAAAAAUGGUCGCUGCUGCCGAUAUUGGUGUUUGUCUUCACACAUCAAGUAGUGGACUUGAUUUACCGAUGAAAAUAAUCGACAUGUUUGGCUCCUGUGUCCCAGUUCUUGCCAUUCAUUAUAAAUGUUUAAAUGAGCUUGUUAGAGAUGGAGUCAAUGGGAAAACGUUUAAAAACUCAGAAGAAUUGGCAAAUCUAUUGAGAAAUCUUCUAUUACCACCUCGAUCUAAAUUGUCCAACAUGAGAGACAAUUUAAACUCAACUAGGAAUAAAUUUUCAUGGGACUCUGAAUGGAAUCGAAAAGUUAAACCACUUUUUUCAUGACCGAACCACAAUUAUUUACUAUUAAUAACAAUUAAUGUAAAUUUUUAUCAAAUUGUCUAUUUUAUCACAGGAAAAAAUCAUCAUCUCAAUUCUCGAGAUGUUGAUUAAACUUUUUCUGAUCUCUGAUUUUGUAUAAUAUCAUUGCUUUCGAAAUCAAAAUCAAACAGUUGACUUGAUUUUAUCUAAUUAAAUUGUUACUAUAGAAAUAUUCACAUCUCGAAUUUGGGAUUAUUCAAAAUCAGAGCUUAAUCUUAAGUGAGAAAUUAUCUGAUUUCUCUAUUGAUUAGAUUAAGUUAAUUAAAUUGCCCUAAAUUGCGACAUCAAAGUCUAAUAACUUUCAAUAGCUAAUCACUAGUGUCUAAAAAUUGAUAAAAUUUUUAAAAACAUUUAUCUCAACAAUUAGGAUAAAGAUUAAUACUUAAGUUGUUGUUACUAAUACUUGAUAUUCAUUAUGAAUAAUCAACAAAUUGCCACUUAUCAUUUAAUCAAUUUGAAUGACCCAUCAACUGAUUAGUUGUCUAUUUAAUCACUUACAGUUUGCUUUUCUUUGGACAUUGUUGGUUUGGAUUCACAGUUAAGAAAUUAGUUCUUAUUUCUAUUCCAAAUUCAGUUGAUUUAAUAGCAAUUAAUCCGUGUUUCAAUUCUCACUACGAACUCUCAUAUUUCUAAUUGUUUCUCAGUAAUUUAAUUUUCCACCAAAAUCAUGAACAAGUAUUUACAAUGGUCGCCACUUCAGACCAUCGUCAUGUUUAUCGAGUCUUGUUAUUUUGUCCUCUACAUCAGCGCUGCUUUUACGCUUUUCAAGAUAUACCAUGGAUUGAGUACAAUGGUCUUACUCAAAAUUGUCCACAUCUUCGGGAUUUACACUAGAAAUCGAGCUAUCGUCAAAUGGUUCUUUUGGUUUGGUGUGCUGCAUCACAUCGUUUCCACGAUUGUAAUAGCGUUUCUCUCUUUCGAAUUCAUGUUUCCUGGUGGUUCGUUUGAUAAUAAGAAUUUCGAGCGUGUGAUGAUCUUUGAUUCGAUUAAUGGUUUUUUUCUUGGAAUAUUCUUGGCUUGGAAUGUGAAGGGAAUAUUCGAACUUAUUUGGCAAAGACUUUUCAUUACCGAACUGGAUCACGAAUUCGCAUGGCCUGGAGCGGCAAACUUGAAGCCUGAUGAUAUUCUCAGUGCAUCUUUGUAGACUUUGACAUGUUGAAACUUUUGCUAAAUUUAAUGAAGAAAAUAUAAUUUCUGAUCAAUAAUUUA